CUCUGUGUCCUCUCCCCCUCUCCCCGCGCCGUGUCGCGCACUGUGCGUGCGACUCAGCGUCACGUCCCGCGCGGAGACGGAGCGAGCCACCUCCUCCUUCCUCCUCCUCUUCCUCCUCCUCCUCUUCCUAACCGGGCAGGACCCGCGUCUCACUCCCGUGUCUGUCUGACUGUCUUUGUACGAACGCCAUGAGCUCUGGCGGUCAUCUGCCCAAGAAGGACAAAGCUGCCCUCGCUGAGUAUGCAGCGCAGGUGAAAGACCUUCGCGCCCGUCUCUCGGGCCAGCUGCGCUCGCUGGAGGGCCGUGCGGAGGACCGUGCGGCCCUGCUAGCCCAGAUGCACGACUUCGUGCGGCGGCGCGGCGAGCUGGCGUCCGAGUACGCCCGGGGCCUGCAGCGCCUGGCCGACCGGGCCUCCCAGAGGGCCCCCUCCACGCGGGCCACGCGGCAGCAGCGGCAGGAGGAGGAGGAGGACGAGGAGACGAUGACGUCGUGCGGGCGCGCGUGGCGCUCCGCCGGUGCCGUGCCCGCCCCGUGCCCACGCUCCUGCUGGGCCCUGCUGCUCGCCGCCACGCACGGAGAGGCGCGUUGCCACGCGGCCAUCGCGGAGGCGUGCGGAGGAGCGGUGGCGCCGCGGUUGGCGCGCAUCGCCGACAGCUCCGCGCGACUCUCCAAGAAGGGCAGGGACCUGGGGCAGCAGCUGCAGGAGGAGCUGCUGAAGUUCGUGACAGAGAUCGGCGCGGCCUCCAAGGCCUACCGGCUCUACAGGGCCCAGGCCCUCACGGCCGACACGAAGCUGCGGGACGCGGAGCGGCGUUUGGGUGGGGGGGGCGCCUCGGCCGAGGGGACCCCCGCAAGGAGCCCCUCGCGCAAGCUCGCACGCCUCCUGGAGAAGCGGCAGGCAAAGGCCGGUGAGGCGCGCCUGCGUGAGGCUCGAGCACGGAACGAGCUGCUGCUCACGCUGGCAGCCGCCAACUCCUCCGUGGAGCGUUUCCACGACUACGACCUGCCCAGCAUCAUCGACUGCUGCGACGUGGCGUUCCACGCGCGGCUGUCCGAGGCGCUCUCCCUCUUUGUGGGCGCCGGCUGCGCCGCCGACGCCGCCCAGCGCGGGGCCCUGGGGGCGCUCCGCGGCGCCGUGGGGGGGCUCGACCCCCGCGCCUGCAAGCGCCGCUUCCUGCGCUCGAGCGGCGACCUCUUUGCCCGACCCCCCGAGUUCCCCUUCCGCCCUCACCUGGGAGACGAGGUGAGCGAGCUGGUCUCCCAGGCCAGCGUGCGCUCCGAGCUGCGGGCGAGGCUGCAGCAGCUGAGGGCGCGCGUUGCAGCGCUGCACGCGGAGAGCCAGCAGGUGCGGGCGUCCAUGGAGGAGACGCUGUGUGCCCUGCGGGAGGAGACUCCAGGCGAGGGCCGAGUGGCGCGACCCUGGGAAGGACGCAGCACCACCUCCUCCACCACCUCUUCCACCACCUCCUCGACCCCCUCCUCCACCCCCUCCGUCACCACAGCCGCUACCGCCAACAACAACAACAACUACCACCACAACCACCACAGCAACCACAGCCACCACCACGGCUCGCCUCCGACGAGACACCACGGCGGUCGGCACGGCGCCGAGAAUUUCUACUUCACGAAGCUGAAGGAGCUGCUGGCCUCAGGCCACGUCGUGUCCCGGCUGCAGGCCAAGCAGCAGCUGAUCCACCGGGCAUUAGACGACGGUGCAGCGGGAGAUCCCAGCAGUGUUCGGACUUCGUUUGCCCCCCCAAAACCCCAUCGCGAACGCGGUCGGAGGCGACCCUCGGUCAUCGGCCUACGGCUCUUUGGGGGAGACCUCCUCACCUACAUCCAGGAGUCGGGUCACGUGAUCCCCACCGUGGUGGUGAGCUGUGUGCGCUUCAUCAACCUGUACGGGAUGCAUCAGCAGGGGAUAUUCCGGGUCCCCGGGUCACAGGCGGAGGUCAGCGAGAUCAAGCAUGCCUUCGAACGAGGCGAGGAUCCGCUGCUGGACGAGUCCGGCUGUGGGGACGUCAACUCGGUGGCGUGCGUCCUCAAGCUCUACUUCCGCGAGCUGCGCACCCCCCUCUUCCCUGCAGCCGCCUUCUCACACCUCCUCCUCGCCUGCUCCGGCGCCGAGGGCCCACUGGAGGGGGCGGUGCGGAUCCGCUCCGUGAUGCAGGAGUUGCCACCGCCUGUCGCCGUGGUCCUCCGCUUCCUCUUCGCCUUCCUCCACCACCUGGCACAGCUGAGCGACGAGAACCUGAUGGACGCCUACAACCUGGCCGUGUGCUUCGGCCCCACGCUGCUGCCAGCGCCGCCCGCCUACGACGAGGCGUCGGUGACGGCGCGCGUCCACGAGGCGUGCAGAGCCAUGAUCGCGCUUGGCGGCGCAGCCUUCCCCGGGCCACGCCGCCUGCCGGGACCCCUCUACGAGACGUGCAUGGGCCUGGAGCGCGAUGGUCAGGAUGCGUACAGCGAGGCGAGCACGGUGGACGAGGAGGAGGAAGUGGAGGAGGUGGAGGAGGUGGGAGAGGUGGGCGACGAUGGCGAUGAGGAGGAGGACGCGGCGGCGGUGAUGGACGAUGAGGAGGAGGAGCGGGCGAGCGGCCGCGGUUCUUCCCUGCCGGGCCGGCACGCCGCCGCCACCUCGGGUGGCGCCGCGCUGGGCUGGUGGCGCGAGUGGGCACCACGCGGUCCCACCGCGGGCGGCGUGGUGCCCGCAACGCUCGUGGAGAUGAAUCACGGACACGGCCCAGCCAGUGAACCGGUGACCCUGCAGAGGCCCUGGGUGGUGGAAGUUGGGGGGCCCGGGGUGGGGGCCCCACGGGAGGCCGGGCCCUGGCUGCCCCGCACGGAGCCGGCCCCCUCGGCCGCACGAGGGGAGGCGGCACGGGUGUGGGGGGCGGGGGGCGCGGGGGGAGGGCCCACGAGGGGGGUCACCGAGGAGGAUGAGCCGCGGCUCACGCCGAGACAACGGUCGCCGCGUCGCUUCGGUGGUGGCACUGCGCCGGGCCUCGGUGGCCACCCUGCGGGCAGGAACGGGGGCAGCUUCGGUACGGCGGGUGGCGCCGCGGUGGCGCUCGGUUUGGUGGGGCCUGUGAAUGGUGGCACCGCCACCAACACCACCACCACCAACACCACCACCACCGCCGCCACCAACAGCAUCAGCAGCGGCAAUGUCUACCCACACAGGACUCCAUGCCUGUCGGUUCCAGGGGGCGGCCAUGAUGGGGGAGGUGGCAGCCACACGAGGCCGCUCCUCCGGCGAGGCGGAGCGGAGGGCUACGGAGACGAAGACCCCUUCACGCCGGAGAUCGAGGCGGCGCUCCACACCGCUCUGCACGAACUCCAGGAGAUGGAGCGCCAGGGAUCGGCGGAGCGAGCUCCCGACCUCGUGCUGGACACAUUCCCUGGCAGCCCAUCACCGGCACCACCACCGUCAUCAUCACCGGCACCACCACCAUCAUCAUCACCGUCAUCGCCACCGCCAUCAUCAUCACCACCACAGCAACAGCAGCAGCAGCCAUCACCAUCAUCGCUAUCACCGCCGAUACCCGCCCACCACCACCAUCAACGCCACCUCUGUCAACCGUGCCGCCACCAUAACCACCACCGCCAUGACAUCACUGCCAGCUGGAGCUCCGGCGUCCGCCCGCCGUGGCCGUCGACCACUCACAGCCUCCCGGCGACGCCCGUGGGCCGCCGCCACCGGCUGGCCUCCUCCUCCUCCCCGCCGCUGCCGCCGCCCGGAAACAGCUUCCGCGCGGGCCUCUCGCUGGGGAAGACCGCCGGAGGGCCAGGCGGCGCGAGGGCCGCGGCCGGAAGACUGCCACCCGCCAUCCGGCCCAAGCCUGCGGGCCUAGCUCAGGCUUCUGCCACCGCCACUGCCGCCGCCGUCCCUCCAGCUGUCGCGCGGGUCAGGCAGCCCGGUCCCACUUGCUGUCCUGCAUCUGCCGCUGCGACUGCCGCUGCUGCGCUGUCUUCCGCGCACAGCAUGGGGAGCAUUGCGGAGCGGCACUGUGCGGUCUAAAUCCCGAAUCUGAUUUUGGAUAUAGAUAUAGCCAGAGCGAAUUUCCCUCAAGGAGGCGGAUGUUGCACUGCGGGAACGGCGACGCGGAGUGGAGUGGCGGAGCUGGCAGGGGAACGCGCCACUUGCGAGCUGUUGAGGAAUGCGUGACAGCGAUAGAGGGGUACUACGUCAUUAUCGUCGUCACAAUCCAUGGGGCAGAUAGCCCAUCGGAAGUGUCCACUGCACAUUUCGUAAUUUGUUGUUUCCACUCUCCUCUUUCUGUGUCCUAGUGCCAAUACGCGUUAAGUAGUGGCCCCCAUCUUUCUGGCACCACAUCUAUUCAUGAUGUCGUCGUCAAACUAUUCUCUGUUAGCGCUUCCUCUCUUUCCAGUUCUUUCCAUUUUCCCGAACAACAACAACUAUACAUACUACUAUAUACUACACAACUAUACACUUUUAAUUUUCCCGUUGUUGUCCAUCCCACUACAUGUUUGUGUGUGUCCAAAUAGUGUCAGUCUCCUUCUUGUCAUUGCCUGCCUGCAUGCAACAUCAGGUUGUCUUCUACAUGCAACCAUUUUUCUUACUUCUACUUUGCAACCUAAUCUAAUUUAGAUUCAGAUAUGCAGCCCGUUUUUCUGUAACGCCGCUUGUUGUUUUCAUAAUGCCAAUUGGAUAUAACGCGAUCAAGUGAAUGGAACUGCGUCACGCGAGUCGGGAUAAGCGGUCGUAUGGCUGCCUCGGCUUAGGAUCACACAAGGUAGUGGGAUGCUGCUGGAUGCUCUUUGAGGCUGCCCACUGCAUGCCUCCGUCUUUGUUCAGCCUGCGUACGCAUCUCACGCGUUAUCGCAGACUGCGCCUUACCCUAUAUGGUAGAACCCAUUUUAAUGACGGUAAUUGGUUCCACGAAAUCGGCCGUUAAGUGAUUUGGUCGUUGAACAAGUAUAGGAAAUACAUGUUAACGGCUUAAUUCGUUCAGAUAGCAUCGAAAGUUACCCUGUUUCACCCAAGAAACGUACUUUAUAUUUAAACAAUGGAUAUUAAUACGUAAAUAUACUAACCACAUUUUAAACACAUCAAAAGAAACUUGGUUAAUCAAUGCAUUCAUAUUUACUGUACCUGCAACAGCCCGUCGUUAACAGAGGAAUUGUCGCUAAGUGAACACAUUGGGCUCUAUGGAGGCAAUACACUACGAUACACUAGACUAUACACG